GCAGCAGCAGCAGCAGCAGCAGUAUAGCAGCAGCAGCAUCCUCUCUCUGCUUCCUCUUCUGCUUCCAGUGAACGGAAUGAACGCGUGUCCGGAUCCCUCCGUGCAUGCUGGCUCUGACACCCUCAGCGAGCUCUGCAUCUUUAAAAGCGCAAAAGAAAAACACACACAAGCAGCCUCAGUCAUAACUGUGUGGAUGAUAAGGACUACCUCUUUUUGACUUUUUGGAGAGAGCCCAGGCGUUAGGAGAGCAUUGAGCAUCAGCUGUUCAACACUGCUCUCUCAUUGCUGGAAGUCGAGGCUGAAUGAGUCACAUGACACAACUGGAGGCAGAGAUCUAGAGAAAAGGCACAGCAUUGUGGCUUUGCACCGCCAUACUGUAUUUUGAGCCAUAUCACAUUUUUAUUGCAACAUUUUACUCCCGCUCGGUGAGUACAUUUCCAAUGGCUUUUUUGUAAGCAUUUUUUGUCUUUUUAAUUGCCCCCUUUUUUUUAUUUUUCCUCCUUUUGCUGGUGUUUGAAAUUUGAGCAUUGACAUGGUGGUUUGGAGCGUUUUUCACAUCCAGGCUUCAAGUUUUUAGCAUGCAGUUUAUUCUAAGGAGGGUGAAUCGGUGUCGGUCUUUGAGAGAGAAGCCUUUACUUGCUUGCAGUUUUGUUUCGAUGGGGUCGAAACCAAGCAGCUUUUGUCAGUAUUGAGAUUUUUGAAAAAUUUGGUGGUUUUGAAACAUUUUUAUUUUUUUUGUUUCUGUCGACUUUUGCUGUUUGCUAGAUGCUUUGGUUUGCAUUUUGCAGUGUUGUUUGUUGCCUUGGAGUUUUGUGAUUUUGAAGUGAUCUUUGCUUUCACUUUGUUCCCUCUUUUCUUUAUGAGAAGGAGUCUCUUUUUAAAAACACCUUUUAACGUGAUACUUUUCUUGCAGCUGAGCUCUCAGGUUUGUUGUUUUUUUGUGUCUUUUUUUUUCUCUCGAUUUCAUUAUACUUUUGGCUGGUGGCAGUGUCAAGUAUUUUUGGAUGUUUUGGACUAGAUGAUGCUGGGUGGACGAGGGGAGUUUUGAUUCUUGGGGGAGUUUCAAUGCGUUUUUGUUUUCUGUUUCAACGAGGAUGAACAGACAUUUUCCCUUCUGCAGGAGGGCAACUGGAGGAGAAUGACUGGUAAACUCCAGACCAGCAACGUGACCAACAAGAAUGACCCGCGCUCCCUAAACUCCAGAGUCUUUAUCGGCAACCUCAACACAACCAUCGUCAAGAAGACCGACAUAGAGGUCCUCUUCGCCAAGUAUGGCAAGAUAGUGGGCUGCUCCGUGCACAAAGGUUACGCCUUCGUACAGUAUUUGAACGAGAGGAACGCCCGGGCAGCUGUGUCGGGAGAAAACGCUCGUGUCAUCGCUGGACAGCCUCUUGAUAUAAACAUGGCGGGCGAACCCAAGCCAUACAGGCCCAAAGCCGGCUCCAAACGGCCGCUCUCCGCUGUUUACGGCGGUUAUGAAUUUGAUUACGAGUACUACAGGGAGGAUUUCUACAGCAGGCUCUUUGACUACCAUGGCAGAGUGGCCCCCCCACCGAGAGCCGUGAUCCCCGUCAAACGCUCCAGGGUGCUCGCUCCUUCCUCCCGCCGCGGGAAGACAUCCUUCCCCAUCAAAACAACCUCCUCCUCCUCCUCUUCAUCCUCCAGACCUCCCACAUCCUCCUCCGGGCUCAAACCGGUGAAGACGGACCAGCUUCAGACUAUCAAACGGGAGCUCACUCAGAUCAAGUUGAAGAUCGACUCUUUGCUGGGACGCCUGGAGAAGAUCGAGAAGCAGCAGAGAGCCGAGACCGAAGCUCAGAGAAAGUACGAGGACAACUGCGACUCCCUGCACGAGGAGUCCGUGUCAGAGACGGCGGAGAACUCCGGGGAGGAUGGGGGCAUGGGGGCGCUGGACGUGGAGGCGGGAGAGAUGACCGACGGAGGCGAGGACGACUACGACGAGGAGGGCAACCACCAUCUGAUAGAGAACCAUGUAUCGGAUAUCGACAACUGAGAUCAGGGUGAGGCAGCAGACGCCCCCGGUCGCUGGUAUUACAAUUCAUCAUCACCUUCAGGAGACGGGAAAGGAUCUCUGAGGGAUCAAGACUCUCAUUCUGGACUGUAAGUUGUGUUCAAGAGAUGCUGAAUCACAUUUAGACGCCCAACUGUGCAGCACAAACCGAACGUGAUAAAGAAAAUGUAUUCAAGACCCAUUUUAAUGCAUCGGCCUCAUGGAUUUUCUGUGCAACUUAUAUUUCAUUGCAAGAGGCUGACAGUAUCGUGUGCUAAUCCUGUUCCUGAAAAAAAUAAAACAGACGGGGAUGAAAUGAAGGCUUUUACUCAGAUUUAUAAAUUGAAUUACGUGGAAAGAAGGGAACAUGACAUUGUUGAUCAACCGUUGCUGCUUUUAUGAAAUGUGUUUGCAAUGUAAUUUCACAAACUGUUUUUCAAUGAAUUUCUGUUGUUGCUCCAAAAUCAAAUGAAUAAAAGGACAGUCGGAACAA